AUGAAGCAAAGCAUCACAAGCUUGUUUUGUGGCCUGCUCGGGCUUCUGUUGUUAUGCGGCGCCGUGGCAGCGUACGACGUUAGGGCCGGCUUUGGUGUAAACCGCCGCAACGGUGUUUUACGGAGGUGCAAAAAGUCCAAGGUCGUGGCCCUGACCUUUGACGACGGACCCAGCAUCCACACCGAGAACGUGCUGAACCUUCUGAAGAAGCACAACGCCAAGGCGACCUUCUUCAUCACGGCCAACAACGGCCAGUGGCCGCUCGAGAGCGAGCCGUGGGGGAGCCUGGUCCGGCGCAUGAUGACCGAGGGCCACCAGAUCGCGCACCACUCGUGGUCGCACCAGGACAUGUCCACGCUCGACGCCAACGCGCGGAGGGACGAGAUCGUGCGGGCCGAGGAGGCCUUUGUCGACGUGCUAGGCGGCCGGUUCCCGACGUACCUGCGCCCGCCGUACGGCAGCUGCAACGCCGACUGCCUGGCGCAGACGCGGCGUCUCGGCUACCACGUCGUCAAGUGGGACGUCGACUCGGACGACUGGCGCUACCAGACCGAGAUGGAGCGCUCCGAGCGCCAGGUCGAGGACGGCCUGGCGGGCGGCGGCAACAUCGUGCUGGCCCACGACAUACACUACAACAGCUCCACGCGGCUCACGCAGUUCAUGCUCGAGCUCGCCGCCAGGAGAGGCUUGAAGCCCGUGACUGUCGGCGAGUGCAUGGGUGACCCUGCCGAGUUUUGGUACCGUGAGGUUUCGAGGUCAAGCGGGGCCGGCGGCGGCGGCGGCGGCGGCGGUGCCACCACCACGCCGCCGAACAAACCCAAACCGGGCGCCACUUCCAAGCUCAAGGCGUCGACCGACGGACGCUGCGGUGGAGAUGUCACAUGCGCCGAUACGCAAUGGGGGUCUUGUUGUUCGCGGUACAGCUGGUGUGGAAGCUCGCCAGACCACUGUAAUGCGGGAUGUCAGUCUCAGUUUGGACAGUGCACAUAG